AUGAGGAUUCAGGCUUACAACCUCCAGCGGAUGCCUGUUCUGGCUCUCUGCCUUGUUCAGGUCGCUGCCCAAGAUGAGUUUCAAUGGCCAUCCUUCAGACCUCUGGAGUAUGCCACUCCUGUCUCCGCGGCGGUGGAGACGCCCACACAUGCCCGCCCCUACUCCGAGCUUUCCACCUUACUUGAACCACGAUCUACCAAAACUUGGGAUGCUCCCGGUGUGGUCCCGACAGAUCAAGAUGUAGAAUACGGCAACGCUGCCCUAUCUUCCCUUUGGGCCCCCAUUCCCGUCCUUUCACCACCCUUCACCACAAGCGUUUCACCAACCCCGAUCCCAAGCGCUGAACUCAUCAAGCCCCCGCCUCUACCCCUCCAACCACCACCAGGCACAACAGGCAACGGAACGCUCAAAUUUCCCAAGGCCUUUGAAUGGGGAUUUGCCGGCGCAGCCUUACAAAUCGAAGGAGCCAUACAGAACGAAGGUCGUGGUCCGAGUAUCUGGGAAAACCGCUCCAGGGGGAACUACUCCUCCUCCGGCCCUGGCAGCGGCCCGCCCGACAUCGCAGCAAUGAACUACUACCUCUACAAACAAGACAUCGCCCGGCUUGCCGCCGUGGGGGUGCAGUCCUACAGCUUCAGCAUCUCCUGGUCCCGUAUCGUCCCCUUUGGCGUCCGCGGAUCUCCCAUCAACAAGCAAGGCAUCGAUCACUACAACGACGUCAUCGACACCGUCCUCGCGUAUGGUAUGAAGCCCGUCGUGACACUACACCACUUUGAUACCCCGGCCUACUUCCAGUCAAACACCUCUUCCUUGUCGUUUGACCACCCAGAAUUCGUUGAUGGCUUCAUAUAUUAUGCACAGACGGUGCUCGCGCACUACUCGGAUCGCGUAGGCACCUGGUAUACCUUCAACGAGCCCACUAUCGAGGCGGCCAUAACCGGUGCAUGGCAGCCCAGCCGCUUCGUCCUCGAGGCCCACGCCAAGGUUGUGCGGUGGUACCGGGACGCCAUCCAGGGUGAUGCACUCUGGAGCAUGAAGUUUGACCUUAGCGGGACCGGUUUUGCGCUGCCCUUGGACCCGGGGAACGCGUCAGAUGUCGCAGCCGCAAUCAGACGUAACGAGUACACCAUUGGGUAUUUUGCGCGGCCGUUGUUCUUGUGCGAGAAUGUGCCGCAGUCUAUGAUCGAUACCGUUGGUGAUCGGGUUCCUUCGUACACAGACGAGGAGCUCGAAUUGUUCAAUGGUACUGCUGACUUCUUUGCGUUUGAUAUUUACACCGCUUCAUAUCAUUCGGAACCUGGAGGUGGCUUUGCAGCAUGUGCAGCUGACUCGAAGCAUCCUCUCUACCCUGAGUGCACCGUUACCACCACCUCACGAGGAGGAGGGUGGGAGGCAAACUUCCAUGGAAACGUUGACAGGCCUGCGGUGCCAGCGGAGCAUGUGCGGUCGAUUCUCGGUUUCCUACAAACUACGUACCCGGCUAAAGGCGGUAUCACCAUCGCAGAGUUCGGCCUCCCGGCUUUCAAGGCGUCCGACAUGUCUGUGCCCCAUAUCAGAAGUGAUCUAGCGCAGUCCGAAUUUUACGUUCCCAUCCUGAAUGAGGUUCUAAAGGCAAUCAACAUCGAUGGUGUCCACGUCAAGGGGCUGUAUGGCUGGUCUUAUCUUGACAAUUGGGAAUGGGGUCAGUAUGACGACAAGUACGGGGUGCAAGGAUACAACCAGACGACCCAAGAGCGUUUCUAUAAGCGGGCAAUCUUUGACUACGCAGGUUUUGUGCAGAAACAUAUGGCAUCUUGA